AUGGCGGCGCUGUUGCUGUGCGGCCUCGGCCUCCCGCUCCCGAGACGGCGGCUCCUGGCGGCCCUGCUCCGGCCGCCGGUCUCCGCCUACACCCUCAGCAGCGGGCCGGGCCGCAGCGACGGACACCGGGGGAGCAACCGCCACAGCAUCAGCUCCGCUUUUCUGACACGUGCAAGACAUGGAACAUGGCACAGUCACAGAGGAGGAAAUGCAAGGCAGAUAUUGCAAGCUGGAAAGGGACUCCAUUGGUGGCAGCUGGUAGAUAAACGAACAUGCUGGCAUGGGAACGCAGGCGGAAACCUUCACACUGACCCUCAAAAGUUCAAAGAGGCUGGCUCUGGGAAAAUCUUGAAGGCCAUGCUAUCACAUGUGUGGCCAAAGGAUAGACCUGAUCUUCGAGCAAGAGUGGCGGUAUCACUUGGUCUUUUAGUGAGCGCAAAGCUGAUGAAUAUAGUGGUGCCCUUCACAUUUAAAUAUGCAGUCAAUGAACUCAACCAAAUGUCAGGUGGCGUUUUGAACCUAAACGACGCUACGAAUACGGUCAUCACCAUGACAACGGCCAUCCUUAUCGGCUAUGGUGUGUCGAGGGUGGGUUCAGCCCUUUUUAAUGAGCUUAGGAAUGCUGUCUUUGGGAAAGUAGCUCAAAGUUCCAUCAGGCGAAUAGCCAAGAACGUCUUUUUGCACCUGCACAGCUUAGAUCUAGGCUUCCACCUAAGCAGGCAGACCGGCGCUCUCUCCAAAGCCAUCGACCGAGGGACAAGGGGAAUCAGUUUUGUGCUGAGUGCAUUAGUGUUCAACCUGGGCCCCACUAUCUUUGAGGUGGCCCUCGUCAGCAGCCUUCUGUAUUAUCAGUGCGGUGCCCAGUAUGCAUUAAUAACCCUGGGGACAUUGGCAGCUUAUGCAGCUUUCACCAUUGGCGUCACACAGUGGAGGACUCGGUUCAGGAUCGAAAUGAACAAAGCCGAUAAUGACGCAGGUAACGCUGCCAUCGACUCGCUGCUCAAUUACGAGACUGUGAAGUAUUUCAACAACGAAAAGUAUGAAGCCGAGCGAUACGAUAACUUCUUGAAGACCUACGAAGUUUCGUCACUGAAAACCACCACCAGCCUGGCCUUGUUGAACUUUGGACAGAAUCUUAUCUUCAGCCUGGGCCUGACUGGAAUCAUGGUGCUUGCAAGCAAGGAGAUCCUAGCAGGUACCCUAACUGUAGGAGACCUAGUUAUGGUGAACGGUCUGCUCUUUCAGUUGUCUCUCCCCCUAAAUUUCCUGGGCACUGUGUACAGAGAGACCCGACAGGCUCUGAUUGACAUGAACACGCUGUUUACUUUGCUGGAUGUUGACCCAAAAAUCAAGGAAAAGAAUAUGGCGCCUGUUCUUCAGAUUGAACCACAGACCGCGACCAUCACUUUCGAGGAUGUUUGUUUCCAGUACAUCGACGGGCAGAAAGUCCUCAAUGGGGUCUCAUUUGAAGUCCUUGCUGGGAAGAAAGUAGCCAUCGUGGGAGGCAGUGGCUCAGGGAAAAGCACAAUUGUGAGGCUGCUGUUCCGCUUCUACGAACCUCAACAUGGCAACAUCUAUGUGGCUGGUCAGAAUAUCAAAGAUGUCAGCUUGGAUAGCCUAAGGAGAGUUAUUGGGAUAGUCCCACAGGAUGCUGUUCUUUUCCACAACACUAUCUUCUACAAUCUCCAAUAUGGGAACAUUAACGCGACAGCCGAAGAGAUCUACAGCGUGGCCAAGCUUGCCGGCAUUCAUGACGCCAUUCACCGAAUGCCACAUGGUUACAACACUCAGGUUGGCGAACGGGGACUGAAGCUGUCGGGAGGAGAAAAGCAGAGAGUUGCGAUCGCCAGAGCUGUGCUGAAGAACCCUCCCAUCAUCCUGUAUGAUGAAGCUACCUCAUCCUUAGAUUCAAUCACGGAAGAGCAUAUUCUCAACGCAACAAAGAACUUGGUUCAGCACAGGACGUCUGUGUUCAUUGCGCACAGACUGACGACAAUCGUUGAUGCAGAUGAGAUCCUCGUUCUGCAUCAGGGUAAAGUAGCGGAACGUGGAACCCAUUUAGAUCUAAUGAGCAAGGCUGACAGCCUCUACUCUGAACUGUGGCGCACACAGCACAGCAGAGUAUUGAUAAGCACACAGCAGCAGGACGAGAAGAGAACCAUGCCAUCCAAAGAAGAGGAGAGGAAGAAAGUGAUGGAGGAGAUUAUGAACAAUGUAAAAGGCUGUGGAAACUGCUCCUGCUAGAAAUCUGUCCGCUCGAGAUUAGACUAUUAUUGGCAUUUUGCACUGGAGUCACACUUUGGUACAUACCUAUAGAUAGACCAUCUCAUCACAAACAGUCAACCCCAAUUUUAAAAGAAACCAAACUAAAUGUUUAACAAAGGAAUUUAUUUUUGUAGCCAAAAGAAAUGGUCGAAAAAUACUUUGGUGUGUUUGAAGAGAUUACGUGAGGCGAGUCUAUAGCCAGGUCCAAAUGCCUUACUGGAGCCUGGUUUGAGAGAGACGGAUCAAGCAAACAAUUCUAUUGUGGAUUGCAUCUUGUACAUUUGUGUUGUAAAUGUACCCUGGAGCUAAUGGAUGUACAUUGCUGCAAUGUAGUGAUGAGCCAGUACUGUAUCAGUAUUAGCGUGGACCAAGGAUGCGGACUGGCUAAGAGGCUGAAAUUCUGUUUGGCGUUAGGCGCGGCAUCUUUGGCAAUGUCGGCUGCUAAUGGAAUUUCCUCGAGUAUAAUUGCACAUCGCCAAAGGCGCCUAACGCCAACCGGAAUUUCGGCCUGUGAGGUGAGGGCGAUUGAUACUGGCAGCCUUGCGUUUAUUCGUUAUCGAACGUACCUUAAGGAGAGAGAAGUAGGGUAACUAGGAUCCUGUAAAAUUAUACACGUGAAGGUUCAGUAGUUCGACACUCCCGGUACACACUGUGUUGUACGACCACGAUACUCAUUUCUUCCAAUUGGUAAAAUCUCGUACACUGGGAUUUGCUACACUGGACUGCGCCAUGUGGGGCUAGUUGAGGAAAGCUGUACACAUGGAUUGCAUCCUCACAAACUCUGCUUUAAUAAUAAUACGCACUUUGAACGUUGCCUUUGUUUCGGGUAUACUUCCAGAGCAAUUUGACUAAGGAUGGAUCAUUUUCGCGGGUUACUCAUUCAGGGUGACUGCGUUGAAAGGAAAGAAUGACAUUAUUAUCAUAUAAAGGCUUGAAAAGGUUUAUCUUUUCCGGGGUUUAGCCCACGACCAUUGCAUAACUCUGUUUUUUAAGAUACAGCCUUUUUCUGAGUUAGGUCCUUGUGGAUGGACACCGUGUACUGAAUGGGCAUGCGAUGGGUUUUCAGUGCUGUUUUGCUUUGAGCUUUUAAGCUUGUAUAUAUGUAAGGAAACGUACUCUCAUCUCCUUUUUUUUUCCUCCUCUGUUCCCUCCAUCUGGGAACGCGCCUUGCAUCUUGGCUUCUCCGGGCAACUCUGGGGCAAAGAUCAGCCAUUUCAAUCCACGCCACCCACCACUCAACCCCACCCCACCCCCACAGCGUGUUAUGAAACUAACCUCUGUGAUGCCAAGAUCAUCUUUCUAAUCUUUAGAGUAAUGCGGUUGUGCGUGAGGAGGCAAAAAUAUUCUUUGGGUUCCUUUGCCAGCCUUCCAUUUCAGAUGCUUUGAGUUAUAGGUAUUUACGUAGACAGUACUAACCUGCCCAUUCUUCGACAUUAUGAAUGCACCGUAGCCAAUUCUGAAAUUACUUUACUAAACAUUUGACAUAUUUCCAGUUUCUACACCAGUGUGUUUUUCUGUGCUUUUCUUUCCCCUGUAGGUGUGACAUGGCGGUUGUGUUAAAUAUUGCAAUGGAUGCAAAUUCUAACACAUUCAGACGUGGCCCUGGCUAGGAAUAUUAAAUUGCACAAUAUUUCCUCCUUUUUUUUCUUUUUUUUUUUCUUUUUAGCAUCGAAAUCAAAUCAGACUUGUUUCUGUCCUCAGGAUCUUGUAGCUGUUCUGUUGUCGUGCCCAGCUUGGCUCAGUAUUGAUAACGCUCUCACUACUUUGUGAGAAGGUUGCGAAUUCAGUUCCCGCAUCAGAACUACAGCUCAUGGUCAGGCUGACACUCCAGGGCAUUGCUGGAACAGCACCACGUUCCCAGAGGCAUAAAACGGAGGUCUUGUCUGCCUGUUCAGAUGGACUUCAUAAAAAUGCACAUUGACUUGCAGUGUGCUGGUUACAAAUGGCAGCAUGCAACCCUUAUUUGUGGAGUUCUGUAGUUUAGUGGUUAGAGCAACUCGCCUCGCAAGCGAGA